CAAAAUUUGUCUACCCGAAAAAAUCAGAUCCGAAUAGACCUGAUCCAAUAAAAGCCGAUUCAUAUCCGACUUAAAAACAUGAAUAUCCAAAACUAUGAUUUUUGUGUUCACUUUUUUAUAUUUUAUUUUAUGAUUUAGUUGAAAUAUUUUUUUGUUAACAAUAUUUGUUAUUAUUUUUGUAGAAUUUUCAAGUAAUACUAAAUUUUAAAUGUAAACUUUAAAGUUUAAAAAUGUUUUCUUUUAAGUAUUAAUAGUUUGUUAUUUUGUAAAAUUAUUUUAGAUAUAUAUAUAUAUAUAUAUGAUAGAUUUCGACUAAAAUUGGGUAUUUUGUGUUCUUUUCAAAUCCUAAAUAUUUGAAUCUGAUACAGUCCCAAAUACCUGAAUCUGAUACAGACUCAAAUAUUACAGGUAUUUUAAUUAUAGUUCUAAACUGAUCUAAUCCGAAGAAUAAAAAAAAUUAUAAGUACCUAUUAAGUCCAAAUGUCUAGGAUUCGAAUGAACCGGUCCGAACCCGACUUGAAAACCCGAACGUGCGGGCCUGCCUCAAAGUGUGCUUUGGAGGCUUUGCUUUGACCUGAGAUUGAGAACCCCUUCUGCAGGCUGUUGAAGUCGAACUUGCACGCCUUGUGCAAGCAUUUUGAGAUUUUGAGCGUGAAGCAUUUUACUGGGCCGUAUUCUGACAGUGGACAAGGCCCAAAUUUGGUGAGCGAUUGCAAGCCUAGUGUGAACGAGAUUGCAAGUGUUUGGGCUUUUCCUACAAAGAGGCGUGAGGAGAAGAAAUGUUAGACUCUGCUCUUCUUCUCGGAACACUCAUCAAAGAAGUCGACACGCUACUUCUAUUUGUUACAUCAAGUAUUAGAGUUCUCGAGAAAAUUUGAUCAAAAAAAAAAAAAAAAGAGUUCUCGUUUUUUUUAUUCACUAUAAAAGUUGAGCUAUAUAUUACAUAUUGUUUACAGUCGAUCCAUUUAUAUUGUUUUCCCUAUUUACAAUAAGCAUUUAAUGUUUUACAUUAAUAACUAGACAAUUUCAUUAUGUUAGUUAAUGAUUUGAUUUGAUUGCCGUGGGACCACCUCUAUGCAUAUGACUGAUUUCUCUGUGUUUCUUUGUUGUUCUCAUUUGAAUAUCUGUAAAAACAUAAAUGUAAUACUAUAGUUUUUCCACUGAAUUCAGAAGAGUCAAAAUCUAGUAGAGUAGGUAGUAGUGGCCUUUACUAUAAAAAUAAGAGAAUCCACCAAAAGUUAAGCUUUCAUUUAAAACAAAAGAAAAUUAUUCAAAUAACUAUUGGAUAAUUCACCCAGUUUAUUUAUUAGUAUUUUUGUCACAAUUUCACCCAGAUUACUAUAUGUAAUCUUCUAAUAUGAUUGGUCAUUGCCUCAGUAGCAAAUUUGAAGGGAAAAAAAAUCCUUAGAUUUUAAUAAAAAUAGAAAAAAAUCUGUAGAUGAGGAAAGCUACAAUAAGUAAAUAAAUGCACUCGUCCUUUGCGGAUCUUUGGGACUGGGACCUGCAUAGAUUUUAUCUGGUUCGGUCCUAAUUGAGAGAAUCGUAUUUAUUUUGGGAACUGGGCGUAAAGCAAGGUCAUUUGGGCUUUGUCAUACUGGUCUAUCACUUUGUAGAUCCAUCAUUAUUCAUAGAGCUAAUUUGCUGAAUAUACCAAAAAUGGUGAGAUACCAUAGAAUAGUUCUAUGGGAAAAAUGGUAAUGAUGGAGAGAAAAAAAUUGGAAGGAUAUAGUGUAUGGAGUGCAAAUAGGGGAUAUUUGGUGUGUAGGGAGUACAAAUUCUCUUAUUCAUAUAUCUAAGAAAGUUCUUUCUAAAAUCAAUGGAGUUGUAACUUUAUGUUCUACUCGGUUUGAAUGGUGCUUAGAAUCUACCUUCAGUGGUUUAUGUUAAUUCUAUACCAUCGAUUUGAUUUUUCGAAUUAGUCUAUUUUAAUUUAGCGUAAGCUCAUAUUGUCAAAAAAAGAACAAGGCAUUUUUCCUGUCUCUCUCAUUGUCUCUAUUUAUAGAAAGGAUAUUUGAUGAAUAUGUCAUUGAUUUGUGACUUUCAUAUCUAUCUUUUGGGGUCGGGUUCGAGCAGUUUAUAGUUUUUUUCAUCUUAGUUUCACCAAUACUUUUGGUAAUUAAUUAUGUUGUAUAGUCUAUUUGUCUACGUUGGACUGGACAGUUUUUUUCUAUGGAUUAAUGAUUUUUAGAUGCAUAAGUAAAUUUUUACAGUCAAGCAUUUAUACAAUGGGUUUGCUAUGGUAUUACCUGAAUAUGUUACUGAAUUUCUAUAGGUUUGCAAAAUCUAUGCGUAACACAGACAAAAUUAGUGUUUGUGCUAAUUGUCCUUUCCAUUAUUAUUGUUUUCUUUUGUUACACAUAAUAGGGCGGCAAUAUUCUAUUGAUGACAAUGAUUGCUAAGCUGAAUGGAAACAUAAUUAUAAUUCUAAUGGCAUCCAAAAUUAAAAUAAAGUAAAUAGUUAACAAUAGUUAAAUGCUAAUCGUACAGAUUAAAGGAUUGAGAAGAUUAGCUGAUAGGUCUACCUAUAGAAAAAGAAAGAACUAAAGCAUCCUCGUGGGUCUUAUCUCCUGUCUCCCUCAUCUAUCACUAAUUAAUUAACCUGAUAUUCCAAAACAUCAUUAACAUAAUUUGCAUUUUACGUUGUUAAUUCAUAUAUACAUCUAUGUUCUACGUUUGUUUGGUCUGAAAUAAUAUCAUUCACUUUAUGUUUAAAUUAAGAUUUAUUUGAUGUUGAUUAUUUAUAGAAACAUUAUAUUUUGCCGACAAAAAAUAGUAUAUAACUCUAGCUUUUAAAGCCUUUUACCCUUGUUGAUUUGAUGCUACGUGUGUAUCCGUGUAUAUAAUAUAUAGUCCCAUCAAAUAAUUUACAAGAGAAUAUAAUAAGACUAUUUCUAACUAGUGUAGAAAUUUUUCUAAAGUUCUCCCCCACUAGCAUUGACAUAGUUGCUCUAGAUUCCUCUCUUCUCCUUCUUCGAAGACCUAAAAGACUAAAAAGAAGAAAAAAUGAUGUAGUGAUCAUCAUAGAUCGAGAAAACAACAAGAGCCGAUCCAAAUCCAUGGCUAGUCCUAGCAACAAAGGCAAAGACAUCGCCGAAGAGUCACCGUCUCAAUCUCAGCCGCAACAACCACAAUCACUUCCUAACCCGCCAGCGUUAAGCCGGUACGAGUCACAGAAAAAGAGAGACUGGAACACCUUUUGUCAAUACCUUCGUAACCAGCAGCCACCGGUUCACGUCUCACAGUGUGGCUCAAACCACAUCCUAGACUUUCUCCAAUAUCUUGACCAGUUUGGAAAGACAAAGGUUCAUGCACAUGGAUGCGUGUUCUUCGGACAAGUUGAGCCCUCGGGACAGUGUAACUGUCCUUUAAAGCAAGCGUGGGGGAGUUUAGAUGCUUUGAUCGGACGGCUGAGAGCAGCCUAUGAGGAGAACGGAGGGUUGCCGGAGAGAAACCCGUUUGCCGGCGGUGGAAUUAGGGUUUUUCUUAAAGAAGUGAGAGAUUCACAGGCGAAGGCAAGAGGAGUCCCUUACAAGAAAAGGAAGAAGAAGAAGAAGAAGAGGAAUCCUAUAAGGAGUGAUCAUGAUGUUGAAGAUGGUACUGCAGGGACUAGUAGCUCCAACUUGCCAUCUUAGCAAGCAAACAAAAAACAUAUAAUAAAAAAUGUGGAAUUAAUUAAUGGUAAGCAUUUAUAUCACCUUAUAUUUAAUAUCUAGUAUUAGUUUUCAAUUAGUUA